AGUAUGGCAAAUUUAACGUAACUUACUUGUUGUUUUUGAAGCACCGAAAAUCUCACAUGUGGUAUAUUUUUUAAUGUGCUAGUCUCUUCUACGUGGUAUUGUCACAUCAGCAUACCACCGUUAUCAAUUUUUCCAAAAUACGACUGUCCUGCGGAAAAUUUAACCCCCAUCCCCACUGUUUCCUUAGUGAAAGGAGCUUUCAUAGACACCUCACCGAAGGUUGCUACUGAAAUCGACAAACAUGCGUUCUGACAUAUUUUUUCCUGGGGACUCAGUUCUUUUACUUGGGGAAGGAAAUUUUUCUUUCUCUGUAGGUUUAUUAAACCUUGGAAAAGAGAUUGAAAUAACUGCCACAUGCUAUGAGUCUGUUCUCACUGAAACUCAAAUUGAAAACACAGAUAUCCUAAAGUCUCGUGGAGUGUGCGUUAUGACAGGAAUCGAUGCAACCAAAAUUCACGUUCACUCUGUACUUCAAUCAAAGAAAUUUGACAAGAUCAUCUUCAACUUUCCUCAUACGGGAGGAAAGAUGAAAAUUAAUUUAAAUAGAGAUCUUCUUCGUCAGUUCUUUAUAAGUGCCUCAAAUCUCUUGUCUGUUCCAACUGGUGUCAUUUUAAUUUCUUUAUGCAGUGGGCAAGGAGCUGACUAUUUGGGAAAAAGAACAUGGACAGACUCUUGGCAGGUGGUUGACAUGGCAGGUCAUGCUAAUUUGCUUCUGGUAGAGUGCUCACCAUUUCAGUGGUCUUUGUACCCUAUGUAUAGUAAUGUUGGAUAUCGAAGCCUUGAAAAAGGAUUUCACACAAAAGAUGCUAUGGUUCAUACAUUUGUACCUGUUAAAAAAUGUCUGGGAGACCAACUAGAAGUAGUUACGAGCUACUAUCAAAAUGGGGCCAUUGACUCUGUUGCUUCUAGGCCUCUAUUUGCCAGGAAAAUUAAGCAAAACAUCCUGGAAAAUAGAGCAUCUCCCUCGUAUUUUAUUCUAGAAAAACUUCAGAUAUUUGCAAGACUUCAAUCCAAGUCCAUUGUUCAUCAUGUAGGUGUUAGCCCGUUAAAUGGAAGAUUUCAAGAAAGAGACAUAACUCUAGCUUCUCAGCUUUGGAAAAACUCGAAGUGUGACUUUUAUUUGUACUCUUGCUAUGUGCUAAAUGGUGAUUUAAAAGAAUUUAGUGAAGCACCAAUUGCCAUACAAACAUUAUGCUUAGGAAAUGGAGUUGUUAACAUGUUCUUAUCCUCUAUGACCAGUUUACUGGCAGAUUUCAAUGUAACAAAUUGUCAAAAGAGUGUGAAAGAUUGCAGUCUAAAUGCUGCAGGGCCCAAGCAAUUUUUUCUUGUACAAUGUGACAAACCUGAUGUACUUAUAGCAGAACUCUAUCCAAGCUGUUGUGAUAGCGAGCCUGUACUUUCUAUAUUUAUUGAUGCAUUAGUGACUCAACUCCUCUCUCUUAAAAGUUGGAGACAAAUGUGGGCGGAUUGUGUUCACAGUGAUUUUAACUGUAGGAAUUCCUCUAUUACUGGAAUUUGUCCUUACCCAGUGCCCUAUACAUUUGAUAUAUCAUUUAUUAUAGGGGAACAUUUUACAGAGGAAAAAUUAUAUUGUGUUUUAUGGGAUCUUGCAGGGGAGUUUUUAAUCAAUGUAUUCAAAGUCAGUGAAUUCACUACUUCUAAUGAAACCAGUAUGUGUUUUAGGCUAACUUAUCUAUCUUAUGAACACCCAAUGAGCAGGAAAACUGUCUUGGAUUUUCAUCAAAAUAUUCUUGGCAAAGCACUCAAAACUAUUUUAAGUGUUUGUAUUAAAUUCAUGUUUAUUCAGAGAAUAGUAUUGUGGUCAUGCUGUCAGGGACCUCCAAAGAGUCUCCGCCUUUUGUCUACUGCUCUUCCUGCUCAACCACUUCGUCCCAAAAAGGGAAAAUCCUUUAAAAACAUGGCAAAAAGUAUGGUGGAUUAUAAACGUGUUGUGGCUAUAGGAGGAAAUGGUGGUGAAGGCUGCAUCUCUCUUUUAAGACUUUGGGCUAAUGAAUUUGCCGGACCUGAUGGUGGGGAUGGUGGCUCUGGUGGUCAUGUUGUUUUUCAUUCAACUCGUGAAGUACGGGAUUUAUCACAUAUUCCACCAACGGUUAAGGCUGAUAAUGGAGAGCCUGGUCAAAACAAAAAUUGCUUUGGUAAAAACGCAAAGCAUACAAUUGUAAAGGUUCCCAUUGGAACAGUAUUAAAAAAUGCUGAUGGGAAGGUUGUCGGUGAUAUGGAAUUGGAAGACACUUUAUUUGUGGCUGCUCGUGGAGGUGCUGGAGGCCAUGGCAACUAUUAUUUCAGAACUGAUGUCAACCAAACGCCUCAAAUAGCUGAAUAUGGUGGUGAAGGAGAAACUAAUGAUUAUUUCCUGGAAAUGCGCAGUAUGGCUGAUAUAGGUCUUAUUGGCUUUCCCAAUGCUGGAAAAAGCACUUUGCUACAAGCUAUAUCAAGAGCAAAACCUAAAGUAGCCCCAUACCCCUUUACUACAUUAAGACCAUAUGUUGGAAUGGUUCAAUAUAGUGAUUUUACUCAAUUAGCUGUUGCAGAUUUGCCUGGACUUGUUGUGGACUCUCACAAAAACAAGGGCCUUGGCAUAGGCUUCUUGCGACAUGCUGAACGUUGUAGUACACUGGCUAUGGUUCUGGAUCUUUCAGAACCCGAACCAUGGAACCAAUUGGAAGCACUGAGACAUGAGUUACGGCAGUUUAGCCCAGAGCUCGCAGAUAGGCCUCAACUCAUAAUAGCCAACAAAAUUGAUCUACCAGAUUCAAAGAAAAAUUUGCAAGCUCUUUUGUGGAAGCUUGAUGCUAAAAUAAUUCCUAUAUCUGGAAAAACAGGAGAAAAUUUAAGCACAUUACUUGAACUGUUAAGAGAAAUGCAUAUUGAAUAUGAAAAAACUAAGGAGGCUAGUACAGAAGAACAAAAGAAUUCGGCCUAAAUUGCUGUAUGUAUGAGUGGAUUCGGCAAAGGAUGAUAAAAUAAAAGAAGCUGCUGUUGGGUUACUUUUUUAAAAAAAGAUC